UUCCAGACUUUGCCUUCUCAUUAGGUCUGACAGUUAACAAGGAGCCAGUAGUAGGAGUUAUCUACCUUCCCAUACCAGACAUGAUGUACACAGCAAUAACGGGGAAGGGAGCUUACUGCAAUGGGAAGAAAAUAACAGCAAAUGUGAUUCACGAAGUGAGCCAAGCCCUGGUGAUGUCAGAGGGGGGUAACGGGCGAGACGAGAGCAUCAUGCGGAACCACUCCAGCAACCUGCACGAAAUACUCACCCACAGUAGAGGGUUGCGUGCGUACGGGUCGACGGCGAUUGAUUUGUGUAAACUUGCCAGUGGUCAAGGGGAAGUGUAUGUCCAGUAUGAUUUACACUGCUGGGAUAUGGCGGCCGGCGUGGUCUUAGUUCGGGAGGCGGGGGCCACUGUCAUGGAUCCCACGGGUUCCGAGCUGGAUCUGAUGGGCAGACGUGUGCUGGUAGCUACCUCAGAGUCUCUGGCCAGGGAGAUUUCCGCCAUGUUGUCUCAUAUAUCCAAUGGACGGGACUGAUACCGUCCAAGCUUCAUUUCCCGCAGAAUGUCCCGUUUUUAAUA